GUAACAUUCAACUAAUCUGUCGCCAUGGUAUUCCCAAGUUUUGCGGUUUUUUCUCUCAUUUACUUACCCUUAUUCAUCCUUGUAUCCUCUCAAACCCUAUCCCAUGAAGAACAAACCAUGGAGAAUCCAUUGAUUCUUCAAGCAUGUAGCAAUAUAAAAGAUGAAAGAACAUGUCUAACCAAUGUGAAAUCGUUUCUUAAUGAAAAUCGUCCAAAAAACCACAAGCCUGACUCCAUCCUAACAGCCGCCCUAAAGGCGACAAUGAAAGAGACGCACAUUGCCAUGCAGAGCUUCACCAAGUUCACGUCGUUAUCAUCAAGUUCACGCGAGCAAAUGGCGAUUGAGGACUGCAAGGAACUACUUGACUUCUCGGUUUCUGAACUUGCAUGGUCGUUAACCGAGAUGAAGGAGAUCCAAGCUGGGUCCCAGAACCCUCAUUCCCAAGGGAACCUAAAAUCAUGGCUAAGUGCAGCGUUAAGCAAUCAAGAUACUUGCCUUGAAGGAUUUGAAGGCACAGAUAGGCACCUUGAGAGCUUUAUAAGAGGAAGCUUAACACAAGUCACGCAACUCAUUAGUAAUGUAUUAGCUUUAUACACUCAGCUACAUACCCUACCUUUCAAACCACCUAGAAAUUAUGAUGAUACAACCAAUACCUUCUUUCCAAAAUGGAUAACUGAGGGCGACAAGAAUCUGAUGCUUGGAAGUCCACACGGGAUGCAUGUAGAUGUCGUCGUUGCAUUGGAUGGUUCUGGACGAUAUCGUUCAAUCUCUGAAGCAAUCAAUGAUGCUCCCAACUAUAGUAACAGGAGAUAUGUUAUAUACGCAAAGAGAGGAAUUUAUAAGGAGAAUAUUGACAUGAAGAAGAAGAAAACCAAUAUAAUGCUGAUAGGGGACGGCAUUGGUGCGACCGUGGUAACUGGAGAUCGGAAUUUCAUGCAAGGAUGGACUACGUUUCGAACGGCCACGGUUGCGGUCUCUGGUAGGGGGUUUAUAGCAAGGGACAUCACAUUUCGCAACACAGCGGGCCCUCAAAACCACCAGGGUGUUGCGUUGCGCGUGGAUUCCGACCAAUCUGCUUUCUAUCGGUGCAGCAUGGAAGGCUACCAGGACACCCUCUACGCUCAUUCUCUGCGUCAAUUCUACCGUGAAUGCACCAUCUCCGGCACCAUAGACUUCAUCUUUGGAAACGGCGCAGCAGUCCUCCAAAACUGCAAAAUUUUCACGAGGGAGCCUCUACCACUGCAAAAGGUGACCAUCACAGCUCAAGGCCGUAAGAACCCUAAUCAGAAUACAGGGUUUUCAAUCCAAGAUAGUUAUGUUUAUGCCACAAAACCUACUUAUUUGGGAAGGCCAUGGAAAGAAUACUCUAGAACCGUGUUCAUGAACACCUACAUGACUUCAAUGGUCCAGCCACGAGGGUGGCUUGAAUGGUAUGGAAACUUUGCGUUGAGCACAUUAUGGUACGGCGAGUACAAGAAUUAUGGUCCUGGGGCAUCAAUGUCAGGACGUGUUCGGUGGCCUGGCUACCACAUGGCUAUGGAUGCAUCAACGGCUAAUUAUUUCACUGUGCGGCGUUUUAUUGACGGGUUAUCCUGGUUACCGGGGACUGGAGUAACAUUCUCAGCAGGAUUAUCUAAUUAGUUUAUCAUCACAAGGUGUUAGAUCUUGGUCCGCUUCCCAUGCCAUUGUUAUAACAUUAUUUAACUUGUGGUUUUGUUCAAAUUCAAUUCGAUUUACUCAUAUUUAAUAGAUACUGAAAUUCAAUGCAUGUGUAUUAUGUGUGUAUCAAAAC